AUGGCACCCCAAUCUACCGAAGCUGGCGACGGCGCCCAGGUCUACCACCCGGAGCCGAUAUGUCGAAAGUUUCACACUUUCUCCUUCAAAAGCUCGAACAGCAGCAAAUUUGCCCGGUUUAACAGAUGCUCAGAGGCCCAGCGGCAGAAGAAAGCCUGUGGAAAAAUUUCCCCAAAGGUCGAAAGUUUCACACUUUCUCCUUCAAAAGCUCGAACAGCAGCAAAUUUGCCCCGGUUUAACAGGAUUUGUGAUGGGAUUGACAUGAGCGAUCAUCACGCAGUUUUCUCCUCUCUGUUCAACAAAGUGAGCAGCUUCCCCAUCUCUGUCCAGCUGCUGUCCAUCCUCCAGAGCCUCUUGCAUCUAGAACCUUCCCUUCACUCCAGCACGCUCCUGUGGGAAUCCUUAGCGAUCCUGGUCAACAGAGCCAUCUUGCUUGCCAGUGAUGUCCAAGACAACAGCGUAGAAGAAGUCAUGGAGAGACUGUUGUCCAUAAAGAAGCACCCGAAGAAAUGCAGUUCGGACCCAAAAAAGCAGGCCAGCAAGGUCAACGAGAGCACACAGACCAGCGGAGACUUGGAGCCGUUUUCCAAAGCGACCCAAAACUGUCCUCCGGCCACCAACCCUUCUGGUGUCCCGUCUAUUCUAGAGCCACCAAAUGUGCCUGAGAACAUUGUCUCAUCCGAGCAGGCCGUUUGUUCGGCACUGCCGGGGCAAAGCUGCCUCCCGUUGGCUGCCCUUCCUCCUCCAACCCCAGCUUCUCCACUUCCUGGAACGCCAGCCAUAUCUGUACACCCGCCGCUGCCACCACCUUUGCCUGGGGCCACAGCAGUUCCACCUCCUGCUCCUCCUCUGCUUAGUACUCUGGGUGUCCCUCCACCGCCACCCCCUCUCCCUGAUAUAACUGUGAUCCCUCCACCUCCUCCUCUUCCAACAAUACCACCUCCACCUCCCCUUCUGCCUGGCAUGGCAGGGAUACCUCCACCUCCCCCGCUGCCGGGAAUGCCACCCCCGCCUCCGCCUCUGCUUGGUAUGACCGCAAUACCACCACCCCCUCCACUGCCAGGAAUGCCACCCCCACCUCCCCCUCUGCUUGGCGUGGCAGGGAUCCCACCACCUCCCCCACUGCCUGGUAUAGGAGGAAUACCACCACCUCCCCCAUUUCCCAGCAUGGGAGAGGUUCCACCUCCUCCCCCUCUGGGUGGCAACGUGGAAGAGGUGGUCGUGGCCCAGGUCAGUUAUUCGCUGGGGUAUGCCCGACCCUUCCACAAGAUGGUGAGGACUCCCACGCUCCGGAUGAAGAAACUGAACUGGCAGAAGCUCCCCUCCAACGUGGUAAGAGAAGGUCAUUCCAUGUGGGCUUCGGCAACCAGCAACAGCGAGGAAUCGGUUGAGCUGGACUAUUCGAGCAUCGAACAAUUGUUUUGCUUCCCACAAACCAAGCCCAAGGACAAAGCGGCAGCCCCGGUGAAGACAGAACCCAAAGAGAUCACAUUUCUGGACGCAAAGAAGAGCCUCAAUUUGAACAUCUUCCUGAAGCAAUUUAAGUGCAAAAACGAGGAGGUGGUCGACAUGAUCCGGAAAGGGGACAGGACGAAGUUUGACGUGGAGGUUCUCAAACAGCUGCUGAAACUGCUACCGGAAAAGCAUGAAAUAGAAAACCUGAAAUCCUUCAAAGAAGAAAAGGAGAAGUUAGCGAAUGCCGAUCAGUUCUAUCUCCUCCUCCUCGGGGUUCCUAGCUACCAACUGCGGAUUGAGUGUAUGCUGAUGUGUGAGGAGACUGCAGUUGUACUGGAGAUGCUACAACCCAAAGCGGAAACUGUCAGCCGAGCCUGUGAAGAUCUGCUCCAAAGUCACCGGUUGCCAGUUUUCUGCCAACUGAUCCUCAAAGUUGGAAACUUUUUGAACUAUGGAAGUCACACAGGAGACGCUGACGGCUUUAAAAUUGGCACCUUGCUCAAGUUAACCGAAACCAAAGCAAACCAAACCCGGAUUACCCUACUUCACCACAUUUUAGAGGAAGUAGAAAAAUCUCACACAGACUUGCUGCAGCUUCCCAAAGAUCUUGAAUGCGUUUCAAAAGCCGCUGGAAUCAACCUUGAUGCAAUACGGUCUGAAUCCAGUUCCAAUUUAAAGAAACUGCGGGAACUCGAGCGAAAGCUGUCGUCGUCGACAGAUGAAGUGAAAGCCCUGUAUGAAAAGGCCAUUCAGAUGUCACACUCCAACCCUGCGCCCACGUACGGGUUUGGCAACAUCACAGACGCCACUGCGUUCCGGCUCUUAGUUGCCAACCUCCAGAUGGUGGCUGGAGGUCUCCUGGGGUUUCAGGACAGCAGCGACAUCCUGGGGUCCUCCAGCCCCGUGCGCCCCCCCCCCCCUUUCCCGGAUCCAGUGAGUUCCGGCGCGCGCCACCCGGCCCGAAAAGGAUCGCAGAGCCAGAACCGGCCAGCCGAGAGCGCGCGGCGAGCUGAUCCGGGCAGCGGCAGGGACUCUCUCUGGGGCUGGGAGGGAGCCCGGGGGAAGGAGCCCGCCCUGCCCUGCCUUGCCCUGCCCGCGGGCCCACGUGGAAGGCGUGGGGAGGAGGAGGGACGGGCGCCGGCUUGGAGAAGGGAAAGGGCUCCGGAGCGCACGCAGGGCGGAGCCUCGCCUGCCUUCUCCGGGGCGCUGGCCGCCUCUCGGGCCUCCUUCAUUCGUGGACCCUCCCCCGGGUCCGGGUGGCGUUUCAGACAAGCCAUCCGUCGACACGUGAACGUCUGCCCGGCCUGGAUGGGCCCCGACAGCCCGCACCUUUUCCCCGCUUGGCACGGGAACCGCAUCGGUUCCCACGUCCCCCUUGGGUGA